AGGAGCAGAGAGCAGCCAUUGCUGUGUCUGGCAGCAGGUAGAACGUCUGUCUGAUAUUAAAACAGAAGACAUAGAAGAAGAAGAAGUGACUGAUAUAAAGGUAGAAGAUAUAGAGGGAGAUGAAGAGACGUAUGUGACUGAUAUAAAGGCAAUAGAUACAGAGGGAAAAGAAGAGACGUAUGUGACUGAUAUGAAGGCAGAAGAUAUAGAGGGAGAAGAAGAGACGUAUGUGACUGUUAUUAAGGCAGAAGAUAUAGAGGGAGAAGAAGAGACGUAUGUGACUGUUAUAAAGGCAGAAGAUAUAGAGGAAGAAGACGAGACGUAUGUGACUGAUAUAAAGGCAGAAGAUACAGAGGGAGAAGAAGAGACGUAUGUGACUGAUAUAAAGGCAGAAGAUACAGAGGGAGAAGAAGAGACGUAUGUGAGAGGUGAUCAGCAGUGUAAGGAGGAGGAGAUCCCUACAGAUAUCAGCACAGAUGGACACACAAGCAGGAAUAUCCCAGAAGGACAUCUAAUGUUAUCCCCGGAUUGUGACAUAAAAGAUAAUGACAGUAGACCGGAUUCUCCAGGAGAUAACCCCAUUACCCCAAUGAUACAUCCAGCUCUAUCAGCUGGUCCUUCUGAUCCUGGGAAGUGUUCUCCUGAUCACUCUGAUAUUGGUGCAUCUGUUACAGCUCUGACAGUAGAUACAGUGUUUCCGUGUUUUAUAGAUGCCAAAUGUUUUACACAGAACACAAAGCCUAUUAACCCACACACAGGUAAGGUAGGUGAAAGGCCAUUUCCAUGUUCUGAGUGUGGGAAAUGUUUUACAUACAAAUCACAUCUUGUUAUACAUCAGAGAAGUCACACAGGUGAGAGGCCACUGACAUGUUCUGAGUGUGGGAAAUGUUUUGCACGGAAAUCACAUCUUGUUAUGCAUCAGAGAAGUCACACAGGUGAGAAGCCGUUUCCAUGUUCUGAGUGUGGGAAAUGUUUUACACGCAAAUCAGAUCUUGUUAAACAUCAGCAAAGUCACACAGGUGAGAAGCCGUUUCCAUGUUCUGAGUGUGGGAAAUGUUUUGCACACAAACUAUAUCUUGUUAGACAUCAGAGGAGACACACAGGUGUGAAGCCAUUUUCUUGCUCUGAGUGUGGGAAAUGUUUUACACAGAAAUCACAACUUGUUACACAUCAGCAAAUUCACACAGGUGAGAAUCUGUUUUCUUGCUCUGAGUGUACGAAAUGUUUUACACGGAAAUCAGAUCUUAUUACACAUCAGCGAAGUCACACUGGUGAGCAGCCAUUUCCAUGUUCUGAGUGUGGGAAAUGUUUUGCAGACAAAUCAAAUCUUACUAAACAUGAAAGAAGUCACACAGGUGAGAAGACAUUUUCAUGCUCCGAGUGUGGGAAAUGUUUUACACGGAAAUCACAUCUUGUUACACAUCAGCAAAGUCACACAGGUGAGAAGCCAUUUCCAUGUUCUGAGUGUGGGAAAUGUUUUGCACACAAACCAGAUCUUGUUAGACAUCAGAGAAAUCACACAGGUGAGAAGCAAUUUUCUUGCUCUGAGUGUGGGAAAUGUUGUUUAAGUAAAUCACAUCUUGUUACACAUCAGAGAAGUCACACAGGUGUGAAGCCAUUUUCUUGCUCUGAGUGUGGGAAAUGUUUUACACAGAAAUCACAACUUUUUACACAUCAGCGAAGUCACACAGGUGUGAAGCCAUUUUCUUGCUGUGAGUGUGGGAAAUGUUUUACACGGAAAUCAAAUCUGGUUAGACAUAACAGAAGUCACACAGGUGAGAAGCCAUUUUCUUGCUCUGAGUGUGGGAAAUGUUUUACACAGAAAUCACAUCUUGUUAUACAUCAGAGGAGUCACACAGGUGAGAAUCUGUUUUCUUGCUCUGAGUGUACGAAAUGUUUUACACGGAAAUCAGAUCUUAUUACACAUCAGCGAAGUCACACUGGUGAGAAGCCAUUUCCAUGUUCUGAGUGUGGGAAAUGUUUUGCAGACAAAUCAAAUCUUACUAAACAUGAAAGAAGUCACACAGGUGAGAAGACAUUUUCAUGCUCCGAGUGUGGGAAAUGUUUUACACGGAAAUCACAUCUUGUUACACAUCAGCAAAGUCACACAGGUGAGAAGCCAUUUCCAUGUUCUGAGUGUGGGAAAUGUUUUGCACACAAACCAGAUCUUGUUAGACAUCAGCAAAGUCACACAGGUGAGAAGCAAUUUUCUUGCUCUGAGUGUGGGAAAUGUUGUUUAAGUAAAUCAGAUCUUGUUAGACAUCAGAGAAGUCACACAGGUGAGAAGCCAUUUUCUUGCUCUGAGUGUGGGAAAUGUUUUGCAUGGAAAUCAGAUCUUGUUAAACAUCAGAGAGGUCACACAGGUGAGAGGCCAUUUCCAUGUUCUGAGUGUGGGAAAUGUUUUGCACGGAAAUCAGUUCUUAUACAUCAGAGAGGUCACACAGGUGAGAAGCCAUUUCCAUGUUCUGAGUGUGGGAAAUGUUUUGCACGGAAAUCAGUUCUUGUUAUACAUCAGAGAAGUCACACAGGUGAGAAGCCAUUUCCAUGUUUUGAGUGUGGGAAAUGUUUUGCACGGAAAUCAGUUCUUGUUAUACAUCAGAGAAGUCACACAAGUGAGAAGCCAUUUCCAUGUUCUGAGUGCGGGAAAUGUUUUGCACACAAAUCAGAUCUGGUUAGACAUAACAGAAGUCACACAGGUGUGAAUACAUUUUCUUGCUCUGAGUGCGGGAAAUGUUUUGCACACAAAUCAGAUCUGGUUAGACAUAACAGAAGUCACACAGGUGAGAAGCCAUUUUCUUGCUCUGAGUGUGGGAAAUGUUUUGCAUGGAAAUCAGAUCUUGUUAAACAUCAGAGAAGUCACACAGGUGAGAAGCAAUUUUCUUGCUCUGAGUGUGGGAAAUGUUGUUUAAGUAAAUCAGAUCUUGUUAGACAUCAGAGAAGUCAUACAGUUGAGAGGCCAUUUCCAUGUUCUGAGUGUGGGAAAUGUUUUGCACGGAAAUCAGUUCUUGUUAUACAUCAGAGAAGUCACAAAGGUGUGAAGCCAUUUUCUUGCUCUGAGUGCGGGAAAUGUUUUACACAGAAAUCACAUCUUGUUACACAUCAGCGAAGUCACACAGGCAUUUCCAUACUCUGAGAAAUAAGCUUUUGUUGCACACAAUAGACCACUCAGGUGAGAAACCAUUUUAAUCUUCUUGAGUAUACUUAUCAUUGCCAUGUAAUGUUCCUCAAGAUUCUGUCCUAUCUCUUAUGCUUUUUGCAAUAUACAUGCAACAGGUCCUUCUGAUAGAAGCUCACCAACAAAGGGCAGGGCUACAGCUCAGCUUUGCAAACCAAACAGACUUAAGCUUGGGGGUUCAGAGUAACAAAAUGCUGAUCAUGUGCGGAAUCUUGGGGGUAAAUUUACUAAGAUGUGAGUUCUAUUUAAGAUGGGAUGUUGCCAAUAGCAACCAAUCAGAUUUCAGGUAUUAUCUUCUAUAAGGUGCUAGAUAAAUGAGAAGUAGAAUCUGAUUGGUUGCCAUGGGCAACAUCCCAUCUUAAAUAGAACUCCCAUCUUAGUAAAUUUCCCCCUUGGUGUCCUGGAUGGUGGAGUGAUACUUCAACUGUUUGAAAAGUCAGGUGUUUGUUUUUUCCUAUCUACUAGACCGGAAAAAACACCCCCAACCAACUUUUCAAACAGUUGACUUCCACGCUUAGACAUCAAAUAUCAGCCACAAUCAGAUCCUCAUCUGAGGAACAUAGCCAGACUCCAGCACUUAUUUCCCUCAGAAGAUCUACCUACAGUCAUACAUGUAUUUGUAUCAUCACACAUAGACUACUGCAAUGUCCUCUACCUGGGUCUCCCAGCAAAAGAAUUGCACAGCUUGUACAGAAUGCAGCAGCCAGGCUGUUACCUAACCAGCCCGUUCCUGCCACAUAACACCCAUUCUCUGCUCCAUUCACCGGCUGCCUGUAAGAUGGUGACUCUAUUACAUAAUCUUACUGACUCUCCCAGCCCUACAUGACCAGGGUCCAAGGUACCAGAAGCAGCGCCCUGUUCGGUUCCAUCUGCAGAUGAAGGACUGUAACUAGCAGUAUCAAUUCCCCAAGCAGUGCUGAGAUGUCGGGUAGGCGGCACCUUUGCAUUAGUGGGGGCUGCUGGAGCAGUGUCUACAUAGGUAAUAUUGUCUCCAAGCAGCGCUGAGGUGUCAGGGGAGACAGGGCGGAUGGCUGCAGUGCGGUACCAGGGGCUGCUGGAGGCAGUGUCUAUGUGGGUAAUCAUGUCCCAAAAAAGAGCUAAGGUGUCAGGGAGACAGCGGGUGGCAGUAGUGGAAGGAGACAGGGUGGUGGCAGUAGAGGGGUAGACAGGGCAAGUGACCGUAGUGGGGGGAUACAGGGCGGUGGCAGUAGUGUGAGAAGAUGGGGUAGUGGGAGGAGACAGGGCAGGUGGUAGUAGUGGGGGAGACGGCAGUAGUGGGAGGAGACGGCGAGUGGCAGUAGUGAGGGGGAGACAGGGCGGGUGGCCGCAGUGCAGUUACAUUGGCUGCUGGAGGCAGUAAAGAGGUGUAUGGGUCCCGCACAGAAUCUGAUAAUUAGACUUUUAAUGAUUAUGCUUCCUUAUUUCUAAUGAAUCCCUUGUAUGUGUUACUGUUAUUUGCUGUGUCAGCCUUUAUGUGUGUUCUGUGUAAUAAUCCUGAAAGUAGUGCUGCUACCGAUCUCAUAUCAUUUGUAGUAACUUGGAAAAGAUGAGAUAUGAGGUGCACUCUGGAAGCUUAUAGGGGGUAAUCAGAGAUGAACGCAGAUGUGACAUCAUGCAGCCCCUGAAAAAUGGUCCUAGCCCACCCACGUUAACCCCUCAGGGAUGUGACCGCAAUGUGCGCAUGUAUAUAUUACCACCACCAGCAAACUGUUGCGAGACGCUAUUGCGGCUGGUUCUGAAUGACCCCCAUAGGCUGUUGUGCAGAGUAAAGUAUUUUUUAAGUUUAAAAUAUAGAGAAAAAUCUGUGUAUUAAAAAUAUGAAAUAAAGUUGUUUAAAAACAAAA